AUGUCCGUUCCCUCGAUUGAAAUUAUAGAAGAAUUUGAUACGGAGACUCUUAUCGCUUUCUUACGAGAACAAAAAAAAUUACAAUUAAGCGAAACUCAUUUUAAUGUCCUUCGUAAUAAGGAAGUCGCUGGUUAUGAUUUUCUAAGUUUGAAACAAGUUGAGUUGGAACGAUAUGGACUGCAACCAGGACCUGCAAAGAGAAUCGCAGACUUUAUCAAUGAAUUAAAUAUCAAACAACCAGGACCUGCAAAGAGAAUCGCAGACUUUAUCAACGAAUUAAAUAUCCAAUAUAACGAUGUUCAAAAAAAUUAUGAAGAUAUCAUAAAGAAAAUAAAGUCCUAUGUGAAUUCACCUUGUUCAACUCCACCACAUGUUUCAAAUGAGAACAUAUCAUUCACUACAUCAACAGUUACUACUGUACAAGAAGUUGGAAAUAGAUUCAAAUUUGUUGAACGUGAGGAACAGAUGAGAUUAUACAGGGAAUUAGUACUGAAUGCAUUUGAAAUUUGGCAAACCUACCACACAAAAGGUGCAUAUUCAAAGCAUGACUACAAAAAGAGUCUCAUAAUUCCAGUGAUAGGAGGGGCCAGUGGUAUUGGAAAGACAAGAUUUUUAAAUGAAAUUGUGAGGUGGAUGAAUUAUCGUGUGGAUUAUGCUAACAGUCCACAUCCUAACAAUGAAACUACUGAUGAGCAGAAGGCUAGAGAAUGUCUGCAGAAAAUUUAUCAGAGAAACUUAGUACUUUACAUAGAAGUUAAUAAUUUAUUGUUCAAGAAUGACCAGAUUUGCUUAGAAAACCUUACUGAAAUGUUGAUCAUGGCAUACAUGAACCGAGUUGGGUCAAUUGAUAAUGAAACUUUAAAAGAAAUCCAAAGUGUACUUAAACAUUCAGAUCCAUUUGAGAGAGUAGCAAAUAUACUCUAUGAAUUGGAAUCAACAGACAAGGAACUACCAAUCAUAUUCCUGAUACAUAUGGAUGAAACACAAAUUCUAUAA